UGCCAAGCUGCACAUUCCGUACAGGGUGGGUCGCGAUUAGUCGUAGCCCAAAGGCUCGCUCAUUUGUUUGUAUACUUUUAGCACCCAGUUUAGUCCAAGAAAUAUUGAGUGUGGCUAAAUGAAAUGAACAGUUCGAAUUGGCCAGGCCAAGCAGCCAGACGUGAAAUUGCUGCUACUCCAGAAAUAAGCGAACUAAAUAAAUAGAAAUCGAAUAUGGACGAUGAUACGGAUAUCUUUGAUAUAGAUCCCAAGGAAGCGUGGCUGGAAAAAAUUACCAUUGGCGGCUUUCGACGAUGGCACAUCAUAGCCGCUGUCCUGGGCAUACUAAUGAGUAUUAUGAUCAUGGUCUGUUGCUGCAUUCGAUUCCGCAUACCGCGCACCAAACAGGAAAUCGAAGCUGAUUAUCAACGCAAACAAAUUACCAAAAAGUUUCGCGAGAAGCUGCAACAGAUUAAAAACUCCGAAAUGGAUGAUAUGGAUCUGCAGAAAGUCUGUGCGCGUAUUCAGAGUGACUAUCUGAACCUGCAGGCCAGUGUGGAGAGCAUGAACGAGAAGCAGAAUGUUAAAUUUAAGAUCUGAUUUGUUAUACUAAACUGUUAUACUUAUCUAUAUAUAUAUAUAUUUACUACUAUAAACAAUACAUACAACACUAGUCCAGAAUUUUAGUUUGUUACUUUUAUUGCAUUCGGUUUUAUCGCUUUUAAGUGAAACAAAAUAUUUCCAUUAGUUUUUUUUUGUUUUGUUUAAUUUUAAAUUGGAUUUAUUAAAGUAUCAAAGUUUUUAUUUUUAGUAUUUUUGUUCUUUCUUUUCUCUUUGUUUAAUUCUCUACAUAUACAGGCUAGUGGGGUUGUCUGAUUUUGGGCAGCAUUACGACAAUUGCGACAUUAACAGAUUGAUUUUUGCUUUCCUUUGCGACUUGACUGUUUCACUUAGAUUUAUUAGGCAUUUAGUUAUAAAAAUGUUUCUGUUUGACAAUUGUUUAGUGCUUGAUAUACAUAAUGUAUGUAUGUACGCUAACUUUUGGCGAUGACUGUAACAAAUUAACUCACACUUGAUUCUGUUCCACUUACUGACUCGACAAAUACACACAAUUUCAAUUAUUUAACGCAUAACUAUUAUAUUGUUAUUUUGUUUUAUUGUUCAUUAACUUGCUCUGGCUUAGGGUUAGCUCUCUUGGAAUACUUUCUUUUAAUUUCUGUUUACUGUUUGGGUUUAUUUUCACCAUUUAGUUUUGGAAACAUUUGCUUUCAUUUGCCAAAAUUCUGCUGUUUAUCUCAAUUCUUUUUGUUUU